AAGGAGCUAUAGACACGAGAAAAGGGAGGCGGUUACGCUUUCUUCUCUUUGCCAAAACUUUUUCUAGUCUCUUCCCGCCGGCGAAAACUCUAUUGAUUGGCCGCCUUCAUCGCACGCUCUGUGCACAUUUGGAUCUUCGGGAAAUCUGAUUCCAUAUCUUCGCGCCGCAGCUUUACUACUAGCGAGUCUGGGAUCUAAGAGUCACAGCAAGAAUGGCCAAGCAUCAUCCUGAUCUAAUUAUGUGCAGGAAGCAGCCAGGUAUUGCCAUUGGACGGUUAUGUGAGAAAUGUGAUGGGAAGUGCGUAAUUUGUGACUCCUAUGUACGACCAUGCACGCUGGUGCGAGUAUGUGAUGAAUGCAACUACGGGUCCUUUCAGGGUCGCUGUGUUAUCUGCGGAGGCGUGGGAAUUUCUGAUGCCUACUAUUGCAAAGAGUGUACACAGCAGGAGAAAGAUAGGGAUGGUUGUCCAAAAAUUGUCAAUUUGGGUAGUGCCAAGACAGACCUGUUCUAUGAACGGAAAAAAUAUGGUUUUAAGAAAAGAUGAUAUCAUUGAACUCUCCUUCUAGGGUUUUGGACAAAUACGACAGUAUUGAGGCAUCUGUCUUUCUAGAUUGUUUUGUCAUUGCGUAUUAAUGUACCUUUCAUUGAAGAGAACAUUUCAAAUUAUGGGAGAACACUGCGGGCCGCCUUAGAUUAUUUGUUUCUGCGGAUGUUAUGGGUAUUUUCUCCCGGGGAUGUAGAAGAGAUUCUCUGAAACUCUUUAUCCGAAUGACUAAAUGUUGAUGAAUUUGUGUUUGUA